AUGGCGACGCGUGACAUCGCAGCCGCGAAGGAUGCGUUUGAGAACGCCGAUGCCGACGCGUCCAGAGCGGCGCACGACGCGAAUGGCGAAGCGGGACACGCAGGCGAGGCGGGUCGGUACGUAAAGUCACUCGUCUUCGGCGGUUUAGACGGCACGAUCACCACCUUUGCCGUCGUCGCCGCGAGUAAGGGUGGUGGUUUGGACGCGAACGUGGUGUUGCUCAUGGGAUUCGCCAACUUGGUCGCCGACGGUUUAUCGAUGGGUUUCGGCGAUUACCUGAGCAGUAAGGCUGAGCUCGAGUACGCGCGGACAGAGAAGAAACGGGAGAAGUGGGAAUUGGAGAACUAUCCAGAGGGAGAAAAGCGAGAGAUGAUUGAGCUUUACAUGGCUCGCGGGAUGACGGAGGAGGACGCGACGUCGGUGAUCAACACGCUUGCAAAGUAUAAAAAUUUCUUCCUAGACUUGAUGAUGGUGGAGGAGCUUGGGUUGAUGCCUCCGGACGAGACCGAUUCGCCGGCAAAGAACGGGUUGGUGACGUUUUGUGCGUUCGGCCUGUUCGGUUUCAUCCCUCUGAUCCCGUACGUGUUCGGUCGAGCGAUCGGUGGGGCGAGUGCAAACGCGAUGUUUGGCAGCGCGUGUGCCUUGACCGCAUUCACGAUGGCGGCUCUGGGCGCGGCAAAGGCGAAGUUUACGAACCAGCAAGUGGGUAUGAGCGCAUUGUAUAUGCUCAUCAACGGAUCUCUCGCCGCGUUGUCCGCGUAUCUCGUUUCAUUCGCACUCGCAAAGGCAUUGGGUGUGUGA